AUGGUUCGGGCCGUGACUCGUGAAGUGCGAGACCUCGAUCGGGAUGUCACCGAGAUGCUAGAGCCGUUCGAUGGACAUUUUAACCCUUCAGAGGACCCAGCCACAGCAUGUUCUCUCUUGGUUCGACACUUAUGUAUGCGCAGAAACAAGCGUUGUCUUCUGGCGUACCAUCGGGUCAGAUCAGACAAGAUUGAGGAGAUGUGUUGGAAUGGGAGUGAUUUGCUGGAGCAAAUACAACAAGGCACAGGCAAAAGAUCGGACGAGGAAGGUGGGGGAUUAGGUGGUGCGAGUGGAGGAGGAGGAAAUACCUCUGGGGUUUUGGGUGCUGCUGAUGGAGUAAACACAAGCUCCCUAAGUCCUGAGGAGGCAGAAUACGCAAGGCAAUAUAGUGACUUAUUGGCAGCAUAUAAAGGACAGUGGACAGACAUUGAUUUGACAGGAUCGUUGGAACCACCGAGAGAUUUAUUCAUCGAUGUUCGAGUAUUGAAGGAUGCCGGUGAGAUUCAGACAGAAUAUGGCGCCAUCACUCUCACCAAGAACAGUCAGUUUUUUGUACGACAAGGGGAUGUAGAAAGGUUGAUAACGCAAGGAUUUCUGCAGAAACUUAACUAG